GGCCCUAAAAACAAAGCAAAAAGAAAGAUAAACAGGUGUGCUACAGUACUAUACUACAGAAAGAUUGCAUGAACUCCAACUCACACUAGAUACCCAUUUUGUCCUGUUGUGAAAGGACCACAUAUUUAGUAUUAUGAGGAGCACACAGAUGAGCUUCAAGUUGUGCAGCUGGAGGUCUCUUUUUUGAUGAGUUUCAAGGUCAGGGCAGCUGGAGCCCAGGACCCUCUUCGAAGCCUCUUCAUGUUGUUGGAAGAAUUCAGUCUUUUUUUGUGUGGUUGUUGGCUAUUGGCCAGCAGCCAGUCUCUGCUCCGAGAGGGCAUUUUAGUGCUUUGCCAAGAGGUCUCCUCUAUCUUCAAAGUCAUCAGUUGAGUGCUUUCUCAAAUCAAUCCCUCGAAUGAUUCAAAUCACCUCCAUAGAAGAGCCAUAGAAAGCAACUUACUGAUCUCAAACCAGCUGACUUCAGGCUGAUAACAUAUGAAAACCCUCUGCCCAGCAGCACCUGUGUUAGCAUUUGGCUGAAUGACAGGUAAAGGUGUGUGUACAAGAGGGUGUACAUACACUUACAUACACUCAUACAUAGACAAUGACAUGGAUGGAUUUCACAACUGACAGCCACAGAAGCCAGAUAUAAAAACAAUAUUCCAUUUACAGAAACUGCAUGAACAGGAAAUACAUUAAUUUGGCAUUAGGAGUCAGAGCUGGCUCUGUGUGACCUGAUGCCUAGAGUUUGAUCCUUGGAACACCUGAGUGCACAGUAGCCAUAAUGGAGCUUGAGGAGAUCCUGGUGGUAGGACUUCUCUGGUUUGUAGUCUGGUUACAUCACUGUGCUCAGCUUAUGAAAAUUCAGUGAGCUAUACAUUGAUGGUUCAUGCUGUUUUGAUAAAUGUAUUAUACUUCAAUGAAAAGGUUCUUGGGAAUCACUUGGAUUCAUUACUGUAAAAUGGAUUUGUUUUGUUUCUCCAGGGAAGUUUGCAUGCAAAAGCAAUUCUCAGAAUGGGGAGGGAGGAUGAGAAAGGAAACAAGGUGCCAGGGCUACAGGGAGGGCUAGCCACCCUAUUUUGUAUGUUCAACCUCCAUAUGGUUGAACAGUGACAGAUCUGAAAACUGAACUAGUUUCCCAGAACUAAAGUAACCCGACUCUCUGAAUGUUUGUCCAUCCUGCCCUAUUGGUCCCAGUAAUGUGCCGAAGAGAUGCUUAUCUGUCGCCUAGCAUUCUUUAAUGCAUCGCUCCCUGGUUACACAUGCAGAGGACCAGCCAUGUGCCAAAAAUGUUAACUUUUUAAUCCUUCUUUCCCUUCCCUCCUCUGCUCUCUAACUACACCAGUUUAGAAGCAGACAGUGGACUCUGGUUUCUAGACUAGAGAUCCCCUCCAUAGCUGAAUAGGAAGCUUAUAUUGUCAUCAAGUGACCCAUUCUGUGUCUGUCCUCUCUAACCUUUCAUGAGGAUGACAUAAAGUAACCAGCUGGACUGUCGGUAGUAACGAGGAGGAAAUCCCUGCUCUGUCAGCUUGGAACUUGGGUGUGGAGGACCCAGUGGGAAGUGGUAUGCAGGGACCCCUGUUAAAAAGUUUGGAGACAGCUGAGCAUACUAUGGUGGCACACACCUUAACCCCAGCAUUGAAAAUGAUCACAAGUUGGAGGCUAGCCUGGGCUACAGAACAAAAGCCUGUGAAAAGAGAAAGCAAGAAUUGAAGAAAGCAGGAGAGAAGCACUAAGUCAGUGCUGUUGUUGGGGUACACUGAUAGGCCCCCAUUUCCAGCAUGCACAGGAAAUCUGAAGUUCAAGGAUUCCUUGCUAGGCAAACCCCGCUAGGUAACUUGCACUUGGCCCAUUCAACUGUAGACCGUGAUAGAAGAUAGAAGGCGAAAAUUCAUUCGCAUAUGUGAGAGCGAUUAUAGGUUGAGGUGUAAAACAUCAACGGAUUGGAUGCUAAUCAGACAAGGAUGAGCCCUCCAGAUUUCUAGAUUAUCCCACUAAUUGGCUAAAAAGCCUAUGGCAGAUAGGUGCAGAGGACAGAAAAUUACACACAUUCUUUAAAGAUAAUACUCAGUAUUUCAGUCCUGUGAAUGAACACAAAUUGCAAUUAUUGCUGGCUCCCUAAUCAUAGAAGCUUAGUAUGCAUUCCUUGGUCUUUCUGGUCAAAAAGGAAAUUGCUAAAUGCACAGGCUGAAGGAGUUGGAGUCUAGGUAUUUCUCCCCAAAAUUCUUUUUCUUGCUGCGAUUUGAGUUUUUGUCAAAUUUCGAACGCAAAGCAGGAACCUCAGGAGUGUUUAGAAGGUCCUGGGAAGGGCGCCCUAGCAUACAGAACGAGUUGAGUAGUGGAUGCUCACAGCACGUGACUGACUCCCAAGCCUAUGCCGUGUUGGGAUGGAAGGGCUGUCGCGAGCCUGGAACCCGUUAGGGGUGGUAUUCUUCGGGGGUAAGGAUUUCUGUGAUACCACCGCUUUCCCGUUGCAUCUUUGGAAUAAUUUUCCCCAGCUUACCCUGAAGCACGGAGUGCUCACUGUUGGACCUAGUGACUUCUUAAAGCUUUGGGGAACCGUAGUACCCGAAGGUGACCGGCUGCUGACCUCCGGUCUAUGAAUAGUUCCAAGGAUGAGACAAAGUCCCAGUGUCUGGGUGACAACAGGGUUAUUGACGAAAGGCCGCGAGCUGCAGAUGGUGAGAGGGUAGAGGCCCCUGGCGGGCGGGGCGCGGGGCGGCCGGUAGACCCCGACUUUCUGCUCAGCAGGAGUCGGGAGUCGAGGCCCUAGGGACAGCCUCUCAGGCAAUUAGCAUGCAGGGGCAGCGCGCGCCGUCCUUGAAGGGCUGCCCAGCUGACCUUGCUCCGCUUUCACCGCGGAUUCUCCAACAGCGCGCGCGGCCGCGGCCGCCGCGGUGACUCAGUGCCCUACGCGCCGCAUGCAAAUGCUCGUCUCCCGACGAGGCUGGCUCUGCAGUCUGCUCUUGUCCCCGCGCUCCUCCGAACCCCACGAUUCCAGCCCGGCCCUUUCCGCCGCUCCCUUCCCCCUCCCCACAGCCCCGCGUCCUCAGGUUGCUUCGCCCACCUCGCCUCCGCAGCACCGAAGGGCAACCUUCGCACUCCCUGGCUGCGGGCGCGGGGAUCAGAUGCGCUGUCCCCGGGCCGGCCCCAAGCGUCCGGCGCCCCGGAUCCCGAGCCAGCACGGAGGGGGCGGUGCGCCGCGCAGAGUCUCAGCCCCGCCUGGCCGGCCCUGCUCCUUAUUGGUCGUCACCUCGGCGGGAGGGCGACCCGGCUCGCGCACCUGCCGUCGCCCCUCCACGGGCAGAUCGGCGGCUGCGGGACACCGGCGCCCAGAGACAGCAGCACGCGAGGGCAGGCCUGGGGCUCGGCGGAUCUCCUCGCGGCUGGCCCUGUCCUUUCGCCACCGCGGCUCCAGUUGCGCCCGCGGGAAACUUUACCCCGCGAAGUCCUCCGUCCUCCUGGCCACACCGUGACAGUUCACCUAACGCCCCCCGGGGCCCCGCACAGCGCGCGAGAUUGCCACCCCGCCCCGCACGGUGCGUCCGCAGCGCCGGGCCGCCAAGAUGCGCUACGCAGACCCCUCGGCCAACCGGGAUUUAUUGGGGAACCGAACUUUGCUCUUCAUUUUUAUCUGCGCCUUCGCCUUGGUGACCUUGCUGCAGCAGAUUCUGUAUAGCAGGAGCUACAUCAAGAGAGGCUUCCAGUUUGGUUGGCAGAGGGGCGACCAGCAGGCCAAUUGGACUGGGCUCUUUAAUGACAGCGACAGCUCAACAGAGCAGAGCAUCAGUGACUUCAGAUCCAGGUACUUUGAAUUUUACAAGGGGCCUUUAGAAUUUAACUCCACGAGAUGCCUGGAGCUGAGGCAGGAGAUCCUGGAGGUGAAGGUGCUGUCCAUGGUGAAGCAGUCUGAGCUGUUUGACAGGUGGAAGAGUCUCCAGAUAUGCAAGUGGGCAAUGGACACCUCUGAAGCCAACCUGUUCAACAGGUCCACCUUGUCCAGGUGCUGCAACGCCCCUGGCUUUCUCUUCACCACCCAGAAGAACACUCCAAUUGAGACGAAUCUCAGGUACGAGGUGGAGUCCAGUGGCUUCUAUCACAUCAAUCAGGAGAUCUUCCAAAUGUUUCCCAAGGAAAUGCCCUACUACCGAUCUCAGUUUAAGAAGUGUGCUGUGGUGGGCAACGGAGGCAUCUUGAAGAACAGCGGCUGCGGGAAGGAGAUCAACAGUGCCGACUUCGUCUUCCGGUGCAACCUGCCCCCCAUCUCAGGGCAGUAUACCACAGAUGUGGGGGAGAAGACAGAUGUAGUCACUGUGAAUCCCAGCAUCAUCAUUGACAGGUUCCACAAGCUGGAGAAGUGGCGGCGGCCCUUCUUCAGAGUGCUGCAGAUGUACAAGAAUGCCUCAGUGCUGCUGCCUGCGUUCUACAACGUUCGCAACACCCUCGUGUCCUUCCGGGUCAAGUACCUGCUGGAUGACUUCGGGUCACAGCAGCAGGUCUACUUCUUCCACCCGCAGUACCUGUCAAGCAUGUCCCGCUACUGGCUCAGCCUGGGCGUGCGCGCAAAGCGCAUCAGCACCGGCCUCAUCCUGGUCACGGCGGCCCUGGAGCUCUGUGAGGAGGUGCAUCUGUUCGGCUUCUGGGCCUUCCCCAUGAACCCCUCUGGCUUCCACAUCACGCACCACUACUACGACAACGUCAAGCCCAAGCCCGGCUUCCAUGCCAUGCCCUCUGAGAUCUUCACCUUCCUUCACCUGCAUAGCCGGGGCAUCCUCCAUGUGCACACAGGCACCUGCAAUUAUGGCUGACAGACAGGCCCAUUAUGGGCGUCUCAGCCCCCAUUCCGCUUCCCUUCGGGGUUCCCCGGCCUUGCCGUUGUUACUCCCUAAGGAUUUAGGGUUUGUGUUUGGGGCCUGGGGUGGGGGGGAGUCAGGGACAGAACCCAUGCAAAGUCAGCUCUGCCCUGAGGCUCCAUCCUGUGCCUCCAUUUACUUGCUGAGCCACUCUCCAAGGUCAGGGGCCUCACAAGCACAUUUCCACUCAGUUUCAACUUCCCAGAGAACACGAACUGUGGUGGCCGGCUUGCAGCGAAGUCAGGCCCUGCUGAGAAGAGACUAGCAGGUGAGACAUUCGCUUAGCAGGAGAGAGCACAGUCCAGGUCUCAUUCGGACAUUUGGCUGCCCAAGUUUCAUACCAAGGACUCAGCCAUGAAUCACCAUCUAGAAUCUCAGGGCGCAGAGGCUAGCCCUUCUAGGGAACUAACAGUGGCCAAGUGUCCUGGUCUACCUGGCUGAACUCAAAAGACUUCAGGGAUGUCUAAUCCAGGCCUGUGUUAGCAUCACCUAGGACUCCAGUAGCUGAGAGCCGUGCCCCCUUUAAACAGUCCUUGGCCACACACAGCCUUGGUGCCUCUAGGUUCCAGCAUUUAACCUUUGACAGGAAGGAAAUAAACCAGACCAGCCAUUUGCACUAAGAUCUCCAAGCCGAUGUUAUCGACUCAAUAAGUGCUUAGCAAUUUGCUUCCUGUUCUGUCUCCCUAUUUUCAGCUCCAUUUUAAUCAGGAGUUAUUUAUAAAGAUCUGUUCCUCUUUAUGUCCCUGAAUACUGCAGAAUCUUGUUAAACUGUGUUCCUGAAUAGGAAAUCGUCAGCUGGAAUGCUCCUUGUCACGUGAGCCUGGCGGAUGGCAGCUAGCUGGGGCUUUAACGCCAACACCCCUGCUGUUUCUAUUGUGAAGGUGGCACACACAGGUCGCAUGCCUGGUGUCUUCAGACACAGGGAUUCACCAGGCCCGGGGUUAGGGAACCCAGCUGUGCCUAGGCUGAGAGGUCCUUAUGCCAGCCACAUCUGAAAUUUCUUCCAGUUGCUUCCUCCUGUGUAUUUCCACCCAAAGUGUGGUGGUGCCCAUGGUCACUGUUGGUGGAUUGCCUUGUGGAAUUGUGGAUUGUGUGGGGAAGACUUUACCUGAAUGCCCUUCCUUUGUCUUUUUCCCUCCCCACCCUCUUCCUCUCUCCUCCUUCCUUCCUUCCCUCCCUUUAGACAUUUCUAGAAAGCCUGUUGUUGGUCUGGUCUGUGUUUGGGUUGGGGAUGACUCCCUGACAGAAGUGUCAUCUCUGUCUUCUGCAGAGGGGCAGACAGACCACAUCUGCACUUCAGCCCAGCAUGCCACUCUGAGGAGCAGCUAUGAGAAACCCCCAUGCAGGCCCUCCACCUGACCUCACUUUGUAGGUACCAGAACAGACCCAGCUGAGGAGAGAGCUGGCCCUGAGGCUUCUGGCCAACUGGAACUCUUUCCUCUUACUAUUUUCUGAGCCUGCUUCCUCUGGGCUCUGGCCUGCAGGUGGCUGGAGCUCAUUCCACACCCCGCUGUCUGGAUGCUAAGUCCCAACUGACUUUGAGGCCCUCCCAGGAGACCCCAAACCUUAGUCUGCAGGGAUGUGAGGUCAUGAAGCAGCUGCAGAAGCACAUGGGGCAGCACACAUUGGUAAACCAGGGGCCACGAUACAAGAACAGGUGUGCUUAUGGCUUUUCUGGCUAUUUCUGCCAAGGAAAGAGUUCUGAGGAUGAUCCAAGUUAACUGAGGUUUACAGCCAAAGUCCACACCUAACUGAGUCCACUUCUUAAAACUAUGGAAUGUCAGAGCUAGAAGGUUUCCAAGACCUUCUGUCUCACUUAAGACGACAGACCUAGAGUAAAAAAGAGACUUCAGUGGUCAGACUGAGUGUCUGCCAGGAACAAAGCCCAGGGAAUAGGUGUACUGCAGGUGGGCAACAGCCUGGCCAGACAUCAGGGUCUCCCUAGUUGAAGGUGCUUAGAACCUGCCCUAGCUAGAGCCCUCACAGGAGCUGGGGGUGGCACACCCAGAUCCAUCUUAUGCCCAUGCAUGAGGGGGUUAGGACAUCCUUCUGCCUUAUAGUGGUACUUUUGCCUAUGAAUUUCAAGGCAGGUUCCUCUCGUCCCUCAGAGUGUCAGUUUCCUUAUCUCUUCAAGCAGAGGCUUAGAAAGGACUUGUGGGGUCUCUACAGUGACUGCUGAGGGACAUUCGUGAUGUGUGGAUCUAAGCUAUACAUAGUAUUUACUAUUAAAUCUGCCGUGUCAUUGCGCUCUCCUGUGGUAGCCUUACACUGACCACUUUCCCUUCAUCACAGUAUCCCGUCAUCACUACAAGGCCCUUCAGGUAAACAGGCUGGAAUGGUACAGGUGAAGGGCUGAGGCUUAGUGACUCAGGCACUUAUUUGCUUAUGGCCAAGCCUCCAAGGGAGGGCUCUGCAGCACUCUUCAGACUGCACUCCAAACCUGGGGCCCAGCAGGCAGCCUCUGCUCUCUGGCGCCUCUCUCCAGCCCUGAUCUCUACUGGUGCACCGUUGCCCUGGAGGAGAACUAAGGCCAUCUCUACAUUUUAGAGCAAGGAGAGAUACCUGAAAAGGGUCCAUGUUAAGUGAUAACAUGAGUGACUUGCCCCACAGCACAUGGCCAGCUAGAGGCUCACCCAGUCUCCUGACUUUCAGACCACAUGCUUUCUGCUGUAGUCAGUGUGUGUAACAUUUAUCCCAAAGAGACCUGGACAUUGAUUCUGGGACCUCUCUGCCCCUUCCCAUCACACAAUGCAGACUACCAGUUAAAUUAGUUUAAGGACAUCAGUUCCCCAUGAACCAAGCAGCUGAUGUCUUCCUCUGUGCUGGAAUGCAUUUCCAGACUUGAAAGGUAGCAGCAACAGCAGCAGCAGCAGCAGCAGCAGCAGCAACAACAAGUAGGUGACUCAGUGCUUAGGCAGGCAGAACGGGAGGAGGCUCAAGGUCAGGCUGGCUUCUGGAACCUUCUGAUGCUGCUGCUGCUCCCGCAUCUCUGCCCAAGACUCAGAGAAGCUUGGAACAAGCCUGGAUAUCGCUGAGUCUGGGAGGUAAGCAGAGGCUGCAGAGCAUCCUGUCAACAACAGCCAUGUAUCCCCACGUGCCCCUUGUUCCCGGGGUUACGUGGUGGUUGAAGAUGCCCUUCUGGUACUUACCAUCACGUGGGUGCGCUGAUGCAGGAAGAAGCCCUUCUCAAACACUCACAGGAGCUCGCUGUGUGGAGAGCUCUCAAGACCAGGUUCCCAGUCACCAGGGAGAGGAGCAGGAGGGGAAGGAGGGAAGGACAGACAGGUCAAAUUGAAUUCUGAAGGUUAGCAGCAUAGAUAGCCAUUGCCAAAGAAGGCACUGUGCCUUCGGUCUCAGCCUGCCUGACAGUCAUGUAAUAUUGGACGAGGUUGGCUCCGGUCCUCAUGUUCUUUCCUGCUCUGUUUCCUCCUGAUAUGGCCCGGCCUCUCAACGUCUCUCUGCAGGAGGUUCUCCAUCACUCAUCCUCUGUGACUCUUCCUCAAGGCGUUCUUAAUAGCAGCACUCCUGCUGAAACCGCAUCUCCUGAGAGCCACCAAUCCUUUCCGUCCUCACCUACAGGCUAGCACUCGCCAGGAACAUCAGAAGCAUGUCCAUUGGGGCCUUCUGAGCAUCUGCCUCUGCACGGCAUCUCAGACGUCUCAGCCUGUCUGUUCUCUACUGAUGUAGGUAGAAGCGUCUGGACUCAGAGUCUCUUUCACCAUUCAGUAGAUUUGUGAUCUUGGGGAGUCCCCGAAGCCCCUAUAGGCUCUGAUUUAUCAUCUAAAAGAGACAAGAACUUCAGGUCAUUGGUGUUUCCAGGAUUAAGUGACAUGGUGUUGUGCAAUCCUUGGCACAGUACCAGCACAGAGAACCCGGGUUCUCUCUGCCCAGACAUCUUCCUUCUUCACACUCUUUUUAUUGGUUCCCAAUUCGAGCAUAAAUAUCCCCUGAGUUCAUUCCAUUCCUGUAUUUGCCUCUGCCACUGCCAUAACUCAGACUCUUUUGAGGGAUCCCCGUGUAUUCUGAGAACUGGCAUCUCAAAAUACCUUUAGUGAGGCCCAUUGCUGCUGGUUCUUAUCUGGUCACUUCUGUAAAUGAUGUCAGGUUAUGACUCCUGCUACAUCCCCUCUGUGGAGUAGGACACACACUCUCCCCACUGUGCUUCUGUGGCAACUAGCACUGACUUCCAUUAGGAUAUCCUCAGAGCACUCAGCUAAGUGUCCCCAGACCCCCAGUGGAUGGUUUGUGUUUUCUCCAGGGGAAAGCUUGGAACCAAGCUCGUCUUUGUGCCCCUGGCACUGACACAAAACUGCAGAGUAGUGUUGAGAACAUCCAUGACUGGGUGCUUAUCAUCCUGGGGGCAUGUGAUUGCAGCACUCAGGAAUCAGAGGCAGGGUGACCAGGAGUUUGAGUCUAGUCUGGGCUACACAGCGAGUCCACCUGGGUGAGGGCCUGGCCUUCUGACUCAAGCCCAUGCUUCUGCCCACUUACCCCAGUUGCCUGGAACAAACAUGGAAGAUGGUACCCAGAAGUCAUGCCUCAGCAAUGAACGCUACAGCAUCCCCUUUCUUAUAUGCAUCUUUUUUUCUCUGCAUUUGGAAAAGGCCUGAGUUGGAACCAGUUUGGUAGAACUCAGAUUUGCCUCAACUGCUCAUUCUGAUCAGACGGGACCCUAUUGCUCCCUCUGAUGGUGUUCCCAUGGUAACUUAGAAAUCCACACUCAGCCACAAAGUUCACAAAGCCCUGGAGAGCCUGAAAGCUCACUAAGGGAGAGAAUGGUUGCUAUUUCAUUGACACUCACCUCAUUUGCCCUGACUACUUCCCAGAAUGGUCCCUUGGCCCCUAGUAGCCAAGGACUGGGGUGAUGGAUGGAGAAUGAGUUUUGAGCCACAGAAAUAGAUGCUGUAAACCACAUCUCAAAGCCCAUUUUGCAGAAGGUAAGCCAUGCAUGACCUCUGCUUUAAUCUUACAUUCAGCUCUAGUGAGCAUGGGUCUGGUAUCUAAUAGAUUAAGUCUGGUAGCAGGUUCUGGGUGAAGCAAGGAGUGGCAGCUAACAGUCUGCCAGCAAAGACCAAAUCUACAAAGCUCAGAAGUUAUCAGGUGACAUGAAGCCUCCUGGUGAAGGGGCAAUUAGGUGUGUUGUAAUAAGUCCAAGGGCAAGAUAGCUCCAGGUCCCUCCAUCCCAGACAUACAGCUAGGGAGACAGGAAAACCUCCAAGCAGUGCUAGUCGACUGUCUUUAAUAAGGCAAAGAGGCAUCAUACUUCAGGUUUUUUCCAUCCCCAGAGACUCAAUAUGAAAAGAUCUAAGUAGAAAUCUUGGUGCUUAGGACAUUGUUCCUCAGGUUUCUUGAAAUUCCUGCAAGUAAAGUUUUCAUUUUUGGAGAUAAGUGAACUCCCUUGUUUAGAUUUUUUCCUCUGACUUGAUAAUUCUCUCUUGCUACUCCCCCCACCCCUUUUCAGGGAGAGAGAGAGAGAGAGAGAGAGAGAGAGAGAGAGAGAGAGAGAGAGAGAGCGCGAGCGAGCGCAGGUUCCUUUCAUAUUCAGCCUCAAAGAGACAUUGCCCCAUGCCUGUGAGUGGGGCCAGCACAUCCUCUUGCUGAUACAUCUGCUCAUGGCUUUCUUGUCAUUCAGCCAACAGUGUAUCAUCUGGAACCCAGCUUGGUGACUCUUGGCCUUUGUUGAUUUCUUUUUACCCAUCUUCUCUUUCUUGUGCAACAAACUGAACCCAGGACCUCAUGCAUGCUAGGUAAACAUUGUCCCACUAAGCCACACCCCAGAUACUGGGUUAUUUUCUGCACUUAAGCAUAUGACGGCUCUUCUCUGCAACUGAACCUUUUCACUCUCUACAUAUAUCUGCCAUCUAUUUUCUCAUUGACCCUGGCUAUACCCUGGGAAGAACCUAGGACAAAUCCCAGGUCACUGGUGAUGGAAGGUUCCUGUUGGCCACCUACACUUUCCCAAGGUAGAAGGUGCUAGAGCAGGUGGAGGUGGCCAGUGGCUUUUUUUUUUUCUCCUAUGAUGUUCUUCUACUUGCUGGGGGAAAUCCUGAUGAUCUGGUGUCUGACCCAGGCCUGGCCUUUACCCUUGCCCAGUAUCUGUGUAGAUGCUGCUUUGGUGUUCAUUCCAGUCUGAAGAGCAAGUCCGGUACACUAGAACCACCGCCUGAGUGGCUGUGCUCAGUGAGAAGAGAGGAAGCAGCUGGCCACGAGGACAGUCAUGAAGGCCACAGGCCUGAAUAAAACCGGAGAGUAGAAGGAAUGGACAUGGCUCCAGCACUGCCAGCCCUCAAGCUGUGGCCAUGCAGAGGAGGCUGUGGGUCCCAGUGGCAGCUCCCGCCAGCCUCCCCAAAGCUAGCCAUCUCGUGCUCCUGCUGGUUUCUGAGCAAGGUCACUGUCCCUGAAGUCCAAGGAGACCACAGGUUUAGGGCAAUUAAUGGGAACUUUCAGGUGCCAUUCCAGGGAUCUGGAACAAGAUGUUUUAAAAGUUGGCAGUAACUUCCUUAUCAGACUUGUAUUGAUGCCUUCGGUCCUAAAGGGGGAUGAGCUAGGUCAGAUACAGGGCUAACCUGUUGCUAUGGGUAUUGGCAGAUACUCCUUAAGUGGUGAACAUGGUUACCUAGAGCUGAGCAGGAAUCUGAUCCAAAGGAGACAGACAUAAAGGGAAGGCAGAGAUGCCAAGCUCUCACCCUGCUUUCAGUUACACACUGGGCAUCUGCAGGUCCAAGUGGAGAGGUGGUGUUUUAUCAAGGCCAUCUAAGUCCCUGCAUUAGGAGCAAACUUACAGCUCUGCCAUUCUUUAAGACAAGUCGCACCAUCAAGGUUGGGGGCUGUAUCAGAGUCAGAGCUCUCGGAACACUGGCUACCUUCAUAAAAUAAUGAAAACAAAACUUCUUUCAACACCAGUUUCUUGAGUGCAUCUCUAAUAGAACUACAUAAAGAUGUGUCUGGGAUUCACGCAAGCCAGGGUCUGCUUGCCGGGUGAGAUGUAGGUAGGAUGGCCUCCAUCCCUCAGAUUGGCUCUGGGAAUGGAUGCUUUCCCUGUGAAAGUUCCCAAGGGCUCAUAUUUUUCAUGUUCCUCUGUCUUCAGACUCCUGCUGUGGGGCUAUUUCUGUUUUAUAGGUGUUAUUAUCCAGGUGUUGAACACAGUCCUUUCCAUGGUGUCUGAUGGUCACAUCAUAUCAGGGGCUUCUGGGUAAGAGAUAACGGGGAGGAAUGAAAAUCACUUCCUCUCGGGCAGUCUCCUAUGCAGACUGUCCAGCCAUUGGCUGACUUUCCAACAUGGGCACUCCUUACCUUUCUCACCCAUCCCUUCACACUGCCCCUUCUCUAGCUCUUCAUCUCCCUAGCUCACGAUCAACAGUAGAACACGUUGCUACCAUUUCCUCUGUGCAGCUGUUUAAGCCUGGUCUUGUGCUAAGCAUGAAUCACAGACCACUUGCCAGCUUCCGCCUUCCAAGUAGGAAGACCAUUUUCUCUCUCAGACGAACUUGGUGACAUCUGUUGGCAACAGACAUUUAAGUGUUUCAUUAUGACACUUGUAAAAUGUUAAACACUCCAAGCAUUAUAGAUCAUAAGGAUGCUCUCUGAGGGUCUGAUCCAAACUCACAGGAAUGUGGGUCCCCAAUGGUGAGGUGUCAAAGGUGAGAAUGGGGAUGAGAAAUGAAGAGGACAGAUAGCUGGGGCUGGGAGGUCUUGCAUAAGCUGAUGUCUUAUGCCAAGCAAGCUUAUUAAGAAGUACAACAUCUUAUUUACUGUUGCAAGGGUAGAACGGGCCAAGGUAAACAGAGAGAUAAAUCAGAUAAUGUUGGCAAAGAGAACAUGGGGUACCUCAGACACAGCUGCCUUGGGAUUGAUAACCACAGCCCUUCAGUGAGGAAAGCUGGGUUCCCAGAAACUGAAUCUUAACUCCUUCAAGGCCCUUGCCCCAGCCUCCAGGCUAGACCUUGCCUAGUCCACUCCUGGGCAAGGACACAGAAUGAACACUCCCUUUAUCCUCUCACCAGGGCUUCUGAGAAAGCCUUGGAUCAAUCUGCCUCCUAACAAGGUCCUCCCUGAGACCUAGGCAAUGUCUUUUAAUAUACUGGAGGAAGGCAAAUAUGUUUGCUCUUCUAUAAGAAGAGGGUGUGUUAGUUACCACAACAGCCAACAGAAACAUUUUUAAAAGGGGGAGAGUCAUGUUAGCUCACAGGUUCAGAGGCGUUCAGCCCAUUCUGGCAGAGAGUGAAUUAUCAGCAUUAUGCAUUGAGGAGUAGACCAGUCCAUGGCAAUAGGCACCUGUGGUGGAACCAGGUGCUGAAUAUCAGGUCCACUUCCAGUGACAUACUUCUGACAGCUAGACCUCACUUCCUAAAGAUUCCAUGGACUACCAAAAUAGCCCUCCAGCUGAAGAAGACCAAGUGUUCAAAUGGUAAUAUAGGAUUUCUAUAAAACCUUUGAAUAAAUGAAUAUGUGAAUGCUCUAGGGGUGGA